AUGGAGCUACAUGAAACAAGAUUUACUGGUGAAUUCAUUUCAUCAAUUAUUCUGGCACACAUUGAUAUUUAUAAUGAAAUUAAUUUAAACAAACAAUUCACAAAUGGUACAAUUCAUAGCUCAAUCUCCUUUGAAUUUCAUCCAAAUACAUUCAAACAAUUAUUUCAUAUUCUCGAACAAUUGACAAUGAUAACAAUACAAAACUCGAAUUCAGUUCUUAUUCAUAUUCUAACUGUAUGCAUCAGACUAUUUAAAACACAUUUACAAUUUCUCUCUGCUAUGAAGUCAAAUAUUGGCAGAAAUCUAUUGACAAAAAUCGACGAUGAGAUAAUAAAAGUUUCUCAAGAUUCUUCCAUUGAAAGUACGAAUAAUAUUAAUUUAACAACAUUUGCAAGUGAUGAUGAAUUAAGAAAAUGGUUUGAUUUCUUAUUGAUAUUGGCUUUUGACGAUGAUAACAAAUCGGAACCGACAACACUGUGUAGAGAAGCGUCGAAAGCUCUAAUUUAUGUUAUGGAUUUAAAAGUAAAAUCAUUUACAGAAAAGUUAUCAUUUAUUCAUACAUAUAUUAUUGAAAAUAAAUAUCAUGCAUUAGUUGAACAAUUCUUCAUCGAACUAAAGAAGAAAGUCACACUAUUAAGCUGGAUUGAAAUUUUGUGUUCCGAUAAUAAUAACAAACCAGAAAAAAUCGGAGCACUAACAGUAUUGUAUUCGUUCGUUGAUAUUUGCUUCAGUCCAACUAGCAAUUUGAAUGAAGAACAAAAGCAAAAAAUUACACAAGUAUUGGUUUUAUUCCAACAAUUUUUUCUAGUUCGCUUAGUACCACAAUCCAAAAUGAAAAGAGUUCAAAGUGAAGCGGUCGAUAAUAAUGAAAUAGAAGAAAUGGAAACAUCUAUUGAUGCUAAUUCUACAUUAUUUUUCGCUCAGUAUAUUUCACAUAUAUUUAACAUUUAUAGGAACAAAGUGGAGAGAACAAAUGAUAUAAUCAAUCAAAUUCUUCUUGGUUUAGGUUUAAUGACACAAACAGAAAUCUUUAGCUUCGCCACAGUUCAACCAAUAUUCAUAUCUAUCUUGCCAUUACUAACAGAAUAUUUGCUACACGAUAGAAAUAGUGAAGAAGACAUUAUGCAUUUUCUGUAUUGGUUAAUUGGAAAAAUGAGUAAUGUACUGAUUGCUGGUUCACGACAAAAUUCAUUGGAAAUGAAACAUGCCGACAAAUUGAAAUUGUUUCUGUUUACUGGUGGAUGUGAGAAAACAAUAAUUGAACAUAAUAAAUAUUUAUUAAAUUUAUAUGAGUCUAAUCUUGCUGCUUAUAGCAAAUUUCAAUUAUCGAAUUUAGAUCAACAGGUAUCGUCAGAUAAGGAUUUUUUAAUGUCAGUCUAUACCAACAUUGAUCAAGGUGCAAAAUUAAUAUCGAAAAUGAAACUUUAUGUCAAAAAUCGACAACAUUUAUUUAAAUCGAUUGAACAACAAGCAAAUGAUGCAUGUGCAGCUCUAUUUGCUGUCUAUAUAAAACACUAUCGUCGAAUUAAUAUUGCCAAAUCGGAACUAUCUCGAACAGAUGAUAAAAGACCUCAUAGUAAACUUUUAUCACUUUAUGAAUAUGCAAAUCAUGUUCAAACAUUAUUUAUCACAACGAAAGCACAAGGUGGUGAUUGUAAUUAUCUAUACGAACAAAUCAAAAUGAAAACAUUAUUUUUAUUAUCAAUUGUUAACGAAAGUAAUUUGAUUCCUAUAAUUCAAGAUGAUCUAUCACAACUAACAACAAGUACAAAAGCUGUAACAUAUGUACAACAAGAAAGAAAAGAAUUUGUGUUACAGCAACAAUGUUCACGACGGACAACAGCAAAAUAUAUAUUUAGAAUACUACGACAUACGUUGCAUGCUUGCAUUCGAUUUAAAAGAUUGAUGCUAGCUAAAAAACGAGCCAUUGAACAAAAUCAAGAUAAUGAGAGUAUUUUGAAUAAAGAAAUCAAUAAUUUUGUUUUUAGUAAUCUUCACAAAAAGAUAAUAUCGAUAGCAAAUGAACAAACAAAAUUGGAAUCCGAUGAGCUCGUUCAAUGCAUUGUACAACAACAUGAACGUGCAAUGACUCGACUGAUUACAUAUCGAUUCAUUGAUACAUUUGUACAGAAAGCAUUAAAAAUUGAUGAAGAAAAAAAACGAGUUUCGCUAAUUCUAACUGUAUAUUUACCAUAUUUGAGAAAAUCAAAUGUUAAUUGGUUCUACUUAGAAAAUAUUGAAGCAACAAAUAAUGAAUUGAAAAAAGAAAUUCGAAAUAACUAUUAUUCAAUAAUCAAACGUGUUCUAUCUUUUAUUUUACAAUCAAAAAUAUUCAAUCGAAAUAUAUUCAACUUACUAAAUCUAUCGUAUAAGUUAGCUGACAUUCGUCUUCUAUAUCAUCAUCAAUUUAUUGAAACAUUAUUCAAAACAUUUGUCAACUUUGGAGAAGAAAUAGAUCGUACCGUUUCACUCUAUACGAAAUUAAUCGGAUACAAUUGGUUUCGACUCUAUGUAUUAAAAGUAUGUAAAAAUAUUCAAAUCGAAGAAUUAGCACAACAACAAGACUUUGUCUUUAACACAUUAAUUUUUAACGAACUGAAAAGAUUGAGACAAUUGAAACAAGCAUUACCCAUUGAUGCAAAACAUGACAAUACUGUAGAUUUUGUUGAAUGUAGAAAUCAUUCUUUGAACAAUUCUUCUAUGGGAUGGUUCAUUUAUGUAACAACAAAAACAACUAUAAAUGAAACAUCAGAAUUUUCAAAUAAUUUUUUAUCAUCGAAAUUUGAAAUUGAACUUUGUACAAAUCAAUGGUUGACACUUUUGCUUCGAUGUAUUCAUUUAUAUGAGCAUGUUCGAUCUGUUUGUGGAACUGUUGAUUUCAUUCAAGAACUAUUAUACAUUUAUCGGAAUAGUCAAAACAGAGCGACGAUUUUACUUUCAUUGAAAAUCUUACGUGACUUACUUCCCUUAGUACCGGAAACUACAAACGGAACAUCACGUUCAAUGGUUAACAAACUAUUAAAUGAAUUUUUAUUUUCUAUUGGUGAUAGUUAUAGUUCACAAGCCCUCGCAUCAGAGACGGUCACUGAAUUAAUUUACAUUUAUCGUACAAUAAUGUCUUAUAAAUCACCAUGGCAAAUGAUGGCAACGCAACUAAUUUUCGAUAGUAUCACAUCGAGUCUAAAUAAUAUCGAUUGUAUAUCAUAUGACACCAUUGAUAUAAAACAAUGGAAUUAUUUGUUAGCAUCAUUACAUAUAUUAGGUGGAUACAUCCAACCGUACGGUUUAGGCUCAAUUGUGAAAAUCUAUACUGAUGAAGAAAACAAUGAAUACGAAUUUGGUACAAUUAUUGAUAUCAAUACAAAUGCUCGUGACCUAGCUACACCAGGUGUAUUGUCUUAUUUUAUCCAAUAUUUACAAGAAAAUAAAACUGAAUGGAUUACAAUCGAUAAAAUAGAAGUUAAAGUCGAUGUUCUUCCACCUAAUUUACUCGCUUUAUCAAAUACUAGUGAUUCAAAUGUAGCUAUACAUUCACUUCUUGAUACAUUAGGAUACAUCAUACAGGUUGAUAUAUCAUCAAGUGAUUCGUUGCGUCUUUUACAACUUAAACGCUAUUCUAUUACUACUCUUUAUAGAAUCUUAAAUGCUAGCAAAAUAAUCGAUACUUUCAUGCAAAAACCAUAUGCUUCAUUUAUUGCCAAAUUAUCAAUCGCAGGCUCAUUCGGAGAAAAUGGUUUUCAACCCGCUAAUUUACGUCUAUUCAAUAGAUCACAUUUGGAACAAUACUGUUUCAGUUUAGAUAGAUGCGAAGAAUGGAAACAAAUAGUACUGAAUAAUAUUAAUAAUGUUAGUGGUCAAAUUGCUACAGAUAUUCAAGCCAAUUCGUCACUUGGUAUUUACAAUAAGGUUAAUACUAAAUCAGAUCAAUCGCUCAUGAAUUGGUCAUCAAAAAGUGACGUAAUAUAUAGGGAUUGGAAGCCAUAUGGAUCAAAAGCCGAAAUUGAGCUAUAUAAGAAGGGUCGAAAUGGUAGCAAUGAAAUUUCAAUUGUUCCAUUUCCACGCCAUGCAGCUGAGUCGGGUGUAAUUCAAGAGAGUGGUGAUAAACACCGAUUUAGAGGUAGAAUUUAUAUGAAUGAUAACCACAGUCACAACAGCUUUCCUUCGUUUAUUGUUGAAAAUUUAGCAUUGAGUGAAGGUAAUUGGUACUAUUGUGUUAAGUUGCCAUUGGGCGGCCUUGUCCAAAUUGGAUGGGCGACAACCGGAUUCACACCCAAAUCUGACGAAGGACUGGGAAUAGGUGAUGAUAAAUAUUCAUGGUCUUUUGAUGGAUCGCGCGGUACUAUCUACUAUGACCAAGAAUUCCAAUUUUUACCACGAAAUAUUCGUUGGAAAGCAAAUGAUGUUUGUGGUUGUGGAAUAGAAAUUGAUGGUGAAAAUACUCGAAUUAAAUAUUGGUUGAAUGGUAAAUUCUUGGGUACAGUAUUUUCACAUCAAUCAAAUAUUGCAUCGACAAAUAUUAAAUGUAAUUUGUUACCACAUGGAACGAAUACAACAUAUUUUCCGGGUGUUACUGUACAAGCACACUACGGUCAGAUAGGUUAUUGUGAAUUGAUAUUUAGUCCAGAAGAUAUGAUCGCAUGCCCAUUACCCGAAGGUUACAAACCAAUAUUAAUGCCUAAACUUAGUCAAAAUAAAGAUUCUAUUGUUGCUUAUCCAUACAGUGCCUAUUUGGUAGGUGAUGAUGUUGAAGAUUUUGUUUAUAUACGACGAAGUACACCGUCAACAAUUCUUCUACGUGAUUUUGUCAAUGAACAUCAUAUCGAAACUACAUUAAAUAUUAGUAAUCAUCAAUUAAUUUUGACGGAAGAUAGUGAUGGUUUUUCGUUUUCAAUUGAUAGUCAAACUUCAUCAUUAACAAUUAGCUUUGAUUUUCAAAUUUUAACGAAAAAUCAAAGCGAUUCCAAUGACAAAUUUGACAUUCUACUAUUUACAUUACAAACAACUGAAGAACAUGCAAUACGAAUAUCAUUAAAUAAAAAUGAUGAAGAAACAAGAACUGUUAUUUUAUUUGAUACAAAAGAACGAGAAAUCAAAAUCUAUACAAACAACACAAUUUGUCAAACAAUAAAAGAUGAAUUUGAUAAUCAAACAAUGAUAAAAUUCAAUUUUCAUUUUCUACCUAAUAUUGCUGCUGGAAUAAAAAAUUUGGCUCUUUGGAAAUAUGCACUUUCAGAAGAACAUAUUCGACGUAUAUUUACUAGCGGUAUAUCUUAUGUUGCCAUUGAUUAUCAACAAUUAAAAGAAUAUCGAUUGCAAGCAAAUACAUUCACAUUUACGAAAAAUCAACAACAAUUUCAAAAUGAAUUUAUGGUUCCAUUCAAUGAAUCAUUUGAUGAGACUGCAUGGAAACAAAGGCAAAAACAAGUUAACAUUGAUGAGUCGAACUAUUUUAAAUCAAUCAAUGAAACAGAUGAAUCAAUUAUACAAUUUUACGGAAAUAAAAGUUAUCUCGUUGUAAAAAAAUCAAUUCAAGAAUGGAAUAAUUAUACUGUUAUUCUUGAUAUUUCCAUACCUAAUUUUCCAAAGAAUGAAGAACAAUUAACAUUAGUUCUACUGAAUACACAAACGAAAAUAUUUAUGACAUCUGACGGUACAGUUUGUUUUUCUACGACAGAAGAAAACGAUGAAAGUGAAUCAACAUUAAAUUUAAAUGAAUUUUUACGUCUACUCAUUAGUGUAGAUAAUAAAUUAAUCAAAAUCUAUGUAAAUGGAUUGUUAGUACUUGAUGCUGAGGUCGAUAAUGAUUCAUUGGCUAUGAAUUCUAAUCAAAUUCAUUUAUUUAGAGAAACUGAUUUCAAAAAGAAUACAACAAAUGGGAACACACUUCGAAUUGAAUGCAAAUCAUUUACAUUUCUAAAUCGAUCAAUAGAGACUUCUGACUUAGAUGAAAUACUGAAAUCACCAAAAUAUUCAUUAGAAACAUUAGUUGCACCACCAUUUUCAAUAACUUCAUCAAGUCUAAUUAAUAUUGGAUAUAAAGUCGAAUGGAUAAAAUCCGUUAUAAAACAACAUAAAACGACUAAUAUUCAAUUGAUUGAUACAAUUAUACGUGAACAUAAAGAAGAAUUUUUAAAAACAGACAUUCAAAAGCAACAAAAAUGUAUUUUAAAUAUUUUAUCAAGAUUAGGUUCAUCGAUUGAUAAAGAAAAACUAGAAAAUUUAAUCAAUAGUUUAGAAAUUGAUAUCGAUGAACAAAUGGUAAGCAUUGGUGAACUUGUGUUAGCUCUUUGGAAUGACUUGCAAACAUCGGAAUCUUCAGUUAUUGAAAGAGAAAUUAAAGAUGAUACUAGUCCAAAUCAAAAGGAGAAGACAUGGUUUCGUCGAGAAAUUGAUGAAUUCAAUUUAAAUUAUAGUUUUGCUGAAUGGAUUCGAGAUAAAUCUACAACAACACAGGUAACAGAUACUGCUACUGCUUAUCAAUUAUUCGAUUUAAAUAAAGCGGAACAAGAACAGACCAUGACAGCAAUAUUUGAUCAAAGAACAAAAAUUAAACAAUCUAUUCAAUAUUCACAUAAGAAUAUUUCACAAAAACAAUAUUUAGAUUCUCGUAUUGCUUGUGAACAAGGAUUAACGUCGAUCUAUGCACGUGACACAAUUUUGAAUAUAUUGAAAGCCUGGUCAAGCACUAGUUCGCAUAUAUUUCCAUUGGAAAAAUUUGGUGAUUAUCCAUUCAUUAUAAAAUUAUUACGAUCUAUUAACUAUCAUUAUACAUAUAACAGGUUACAUUUAGAUGACAGUGUGAAUCCAAUGAAUUUUUUAGUAAAAUCUAUUCUCAAAAAUAAAAUAAAAGAAUUAGUUGAAAACCCCAGUGUUAACAAUGAAAUUUUGCCAAACAACGUUCCUUUACUGUACCAUUUACAGAAGGAUAUUAUUAUUGAAUCGAAUCGAUAUUUAUUGAAAAUAUCGUCAUUAAUAGACGAUUCCAAUGAUGAGACAACAAUUAUUGAGGAGCAAACAAAAACUGAAGAGCCGAAUUUAAAUUUUAUUCUCAAAAUAUUAAAUCUUUUCGUUGAAUCAGUAACUGAUAAAUCAACGAUGAAACAAGUUGAAAUCGAUGCACUUAUUCCAUUUUUCUUUCCCGAACCAUUAAUCAGUGUAAUGUUCAAUCUAUUUCUAUUACUUCCAAUGCAUCAAUCAAAAAUUUUCAUUCUUCAACUAUUUUUUACGUGA